CUCGGAGCAGCACUCAAGCAUCCUUAUGUUAUCGCCCGGCAUUUUGGACGGAUCUGCAGGAUUCAGCCGCAGCAGUUGUUUUGCGACGGAAAGAGACCUAUACUCGUUUGCUGCCAGUUUGUUGCUCACCGCCUCCACCAGCUGAAACGAGGAUAUCUGGAGCCGUUCUUUCUCUCUCUCUCUCUCUCUCUCUCUCUCUCUCUCUCUCUCUCUCUCUCUCUCUCUCUCUCUCUCUCUCUCUUUCAACCUCCAACCCUGUCUUGUGUGUGUGCGUGUGUGUGUAUGUCUGUGUGUGUGUGUGUCUCUUCUCGCUGCCGCCGCUAUCACACUUUGGAUUGGUACCUGCAUUGCUGGUUUACUGUGGGCCGGACUAACACGGGGAUUUGUAUUCGUCCGCUGCUCGGUCUGCAGUGUUGAGCACCAGCGGCGACACGGGUCGCCCCCCCUUCUCUCUGAGGAAUGUACGCGGUGAAGACGGCGCUGUGAAUAGGGGAGAAUAUCAACGACACUCUCCGCUGAAUGAACUGCCGUGCGCCCUUUUUUUUGGGGGGGGGGGUGUUUUUUUUUCCUCCUCGCGUAGAAAGGCACUGACUCGGGAGCAGGUCUCUUGGCUGGAGAUGCUCUGCGUUUGAUCCGGUUCGUGUCCAUCAGUGCGCGCGUCCCUGUCGCAGCCGCCGCCGCCGCCGGAUCGGGAUAUAAAGAAUUAUUUUGUUUGAUCGUCUUGUUGGUUUUUUUUUCGUUUGUUUUUUUUCUUUUCUUUUUUUGCGGCUACUCUUCCCAGGGAGCAUCUUGACGUCUUGUUUUCGGACAUAUAUCGUUGUUUUUUUUUCCUUCUUCUUCUUCCCUGAGACGGAUUGUGACCGGCCCGGAGGCAGCAAUAAUGGGGGACUCGAUGUGGAGAUAUUAUUUUGGAGUUUUGUUUAUAGCCUGCAAGGUGAACUUGUCCCGGCCGCUCAUUCUGGAGUCCAUCUAUUGGAACACAACAAAUACAAACGUGCCGGCGUCCUGCGAGCGGAGGCGGUGUGGCGUGACGUGUAACACAGCAGCGUCGGCUGGCCUGUCCUGCCCGCUGGCCCGUCCUGCCGCCUGGCCCGUCCUGCCGGCUGGCCCGUCCUGCCCGCUUGCCCGUCCUGCCCGCUUGCCCGUUCUGCCUGCUGGCCCGUUCUGCCCGCUGGCCCGUCCUGCCGCCUGGCCCGUCCUGCCGGCUGCUACAUCUAACGGCACCAUGGAGGGUAUCGACAACCAGGAAGGAGGCGUGUGCAAGACGAAGUCCAUGAAGAUAAUCAUGAAAGUGGGACAAAAUCCCUCUGACCCUAUUUCACCCAAAGACAACCCCACCAGACUCCCGUACCCUCCCAAGAAUCCGGACGGCAAGGACCCCUACAAACCAAAUAAUGAAGUGCUGGAUAAGUCAGCGCCCAGAGAAGGGGAGGAGAACACCAGCACGAGUGGGAAAUCCCCCAGCGUCAUCGGCACCGAGGUGGCACUGUUCGCCGGCAUCGCCUCAGGCAGUGUCAUCUUCAUCAUUAUCAUCAUUAUGCUGGUCCUGCUGCUGCUCAAGUACCGGCGGCGGCACCGCAAGCACUCGCCGCAGCAUGCCGCCACACUGUCGCUCAGCACGCUGGCCACGCCCAAGAGGAGCGGAGGGGGCGGGAACAACAAUGGUUCAGAGCCCAGCGACAUCAUCAUCCCGCUCAGGACUGCUGACAGCGUCUUCUGCCCGCACUACGAGAAGGUCAGCGGCGACUACGGCCACCCGGUCUACAUUGUGCAGGAGAUGCCCCCGCAGAGCCCGGCCAACAUCUAUUACAAAGUCUGAGCUGGAGCCUUAGAGCGAGAGACACUUUGGAACAAUCCCUGGCAGAACGGGGUGUUUUUCUUUUGGUUUUGGUUUUGGCUGGCACCGCCGGCACGCCCGUGAACUCUGUCACACAUAUCUCCCCCUCUCUUUCUCUCUUUCUCUCUCUCUCUCUAUCGCUGUCUCUCUCUCUCACUUUGUCAACCCCUCCUUUC